AGCCGGAGAAAGACGGAAAAGACCGAAUGCAAUUGCAUUGUGGGAAAAAGGAGCUAGUCGCCAUCUUGCUUUAGCGCCGCAAGUUAUCAGGGUAGAAUAAUAACCACGUUUGAAUGAAUAUUUUUGAGACAUACGUGUGUUUUAACAAUUCAAUUUGAGCAUAUAUUGCAGGUAGUGGGGUGUACGAGUGUGUAGGUGGAACACCGUGUUGUUUAUUUUGAAUAUUUCCGACUUUUAGAAGUAGUUAACUGGGAUUUUUUUUUAGACUUGAGGUGAUCAUGGGUCGAUCUAGAAGUCGCAGUUCGUCCCGUUCCAAACACUCCAAAAGCAGCAAGCACAGCAAAAAACGGAGCCGGUCGCGUUCACGGGACAAAGAGAGGACCAAGAAACGAUCCAAGUCCCGUGAAGCGAAGAGGAACCGGCGCAGAGAAUCACGUUCUCGUUCCCGGUCAGCUACAGCAUCGACCCGUAGGGAAAGGGAGAGAGCGGUCACACCGCCGGAGAGAAUUGACAUAUUCGGCAGGACACUGAGCAAGAGAAGCGCCUUGGACGAAAAACAGAGAAAAGAGGAAGAGGAGAAGAAAGUCGAAAUGGAAAGACAGAGGAAGAUCAACCCUCCCCUCUUUCUCUCGCCACCCUUGCCGUGCAGCCGGCAGGUGGAGGUAGAGGAGAAGCUGAUCGAGGAGGAGACGGCGCGUCGCGUGGAGGAGCUGGUGGCCAAGCGGGUGGAGGAGGAGCUGGAGAAACGUAGAGAGGAGAUCGAGCGGGAGGUGCUGCGACGCGUGGAGGAGGCCAAGCGCAUCAUGGAGCACCAGUUGUUGGAGGAGCUGGAGAAACAGAGGCAGACGGAGCUACAGGCCCAGAAGGCCAGAGAGGAGGAAGAACGAUCCAAACGGGACGAGCUGGAGAAAAUCCUGGAGGAGAAUAACCGCAAGAUCGCUGACGCUCAGGCCAAGCUGGCUGAGGAGCAGUUGCGUAUCGUAGAGGAGCAGAGAAAGAUUCACGAGGAGAGGAUGAAGCUGGACCAGGAUCGCCAGCGGCAACAGAAGGAGGAACAGAAAAUGAUCCUGGGCAAAGGAAAGUCCCGGCCCAAGCUCUCCUUCUCCCUCAAAGCCACCGAAUGAGUCUCUCAUCCCUCCUCUCUUCCUUCUCCUGCCCUUCUCAUCCCACCCAGCACUCUGCUCCUCCUCCUCUCUGGAACGCUAGCUGUGUGGAAGGCUGAAUGAAGGGUAGCCCACGGCACCGUCCUGCUCUACAGACCUUUCCCAACCAAGCCUUGGAGGGAGGCCCACCCACCUUCAAACACCUGUCUCGCCCUUUGACCCCUUUGACCCCCCCCCCCACACCCAGUGACUAUUGUUUGUGCUUUUUUAUUUUAAUUUUUAAGGAUUUGAUCUGUCACUACUUGGUCUUCUUACUGAGGCCCAUGAGCGGUUGAGUGACCUUUGUUUCUACAGGGUGUUCUGUUGAAGCUUAUCAAAAAUGUGGGGUUUAGGAGUUGGCCUAGGUUUUCCUGUUCCGUAUGUGUCUAACGUAGAAAGACGAUUUCCCCAAGCAGGGCUAACGUAAAGUGAUGCUGCAGGCAGGGCUAACCUAAAGUGAUGCUGCAGGCAGGGCUAACCUAAAGUGAUGCUGCAGGCAGGGCUAACCUAAAGUGAUGCUGCAGGCUGGGCUAACCUAAAGUGAUGCUGCAGGCUGGGCUAACCUAAAGUGAUGCUGUAGGCUGGGCUAACCUAAAGUGAUGCUGUAGGCUGGGCUAACCUAAAGUGAUGCUGUAGGCUGGGCUAACCUAAAGUGAUGCUGUAGGCUGGGCUAACCUAAAGUGAUGCUGCAGGCUAGGCUAACCUAAAGUGAUGCUGUAGGCAGGGCUAACCUAAAGUGAUGCUGUAGGCUGGGCUAACCUAAAGUGAUGCUGCAGGCAGGGCUAACCUAAAGUGAUGCUGUAGGCUGGGCUAACCUAAAGUGAUGCUGUAGGCUGGGCUAACCUAAAGUGAUGCUGUAGGCUGGGCUAACCUAAAGUGAUGCUGUAGGCUGGGCUAACCUAAAGUGAUGCUGCAGGCUAGGCUAACCUAAAGUGAUGCUGUAGGCAGGGCUAACCUAAAGUGAUGCUGUAGGCAGGGCUAACCUAAAGUGAUGCUGCAGGCAGGGCUAACCUAAAGUGAUGCUGCAGGCUAGGCUAACCUAAAGUGAUGCUGUAGGCAGGGCUAACCUAAAGUGAUGCUGCAGGCAGGGCUAACCUAAAGUGAUGCUGCAGGCUAGGCUAACCUAAAGUGAUGCUGUAGGCAGGGCUAACCUAAAGUGAUGCUGCAGGCUAGGCUAACCUAAAGUGAUGCUGUAGGCAGGGCUAACCUAAAGUGAUGCUGCAGGCAGGGCUAACCUAAAGUGAUGCUGUAGGCAGGGCUAACCUAAAGUGAUGCUGCAGGCUAGGCUAACCUAAAGUGAUGCUGCAGGCUGGGCUAACCUAAAGUGAUGCUGUAGGCUGGGCUAACCUAAAGUGAUGCUGUAGGCUGGGCUAACCUAAAGUGAUGCUGCAGGCUAGGCUAACCUAAAGUGAUGCUGUAGGCUGGGCUAACCUAAAGUGAUGCUGUAGGCUGGGCUAACCUAAAGUGAUGCUGCAGGCUAGGCUAACCUAAAGUGAUGCUGUAGGCUGGGCUAACCUAAAGUGAUGCUGUAGGCAGGGCUAACCUAAAGUGAUGCUGCAGGCUAGGCUAAGCUAAAGUGAUGCUGUAGGCAGGGCUAACCUAAAGUGAUGCUGUAGGCUGGGCUAACCUAAAGUGAUGCUGUAGGCUGGGCUAACCUAAAGUGAUGCUGCAGGCUAGGCUAACCUAAAGUGAUGCUGUAGGCUGGGCUAACCUAAAGUGAUGCUGUAGGCUGGGCUAACCUAAAGUGAUGCUGCAGGCUAGGCUAACCUAAAGUGAUGCUGUAGGCUGGGCUAACCUAAAGUGAUGCUGUAGGCAGGGCUAACCUAAAGUGAUGCUGUAGGCAGGGCUAACCUAAAGUGAUGCUGUAGGCAGGGCUAACCUAAAGUGAUGCUGUAGGCUGGGCUAACCUAAAGUGAUGCUGUAGGCUAGGGCUAACCUAAAGUGAUGCUGUAGGCUAGGCUAACCUAAAGUGAUGCUGUAGGCAGGGCUAACCUAAAGUGAUGCUGUAGGCAGGGCUAACCUAAAGUGAUGCUGUAGGCUGGGCUAACCUAAAGUGAUGCUGUAGGCUGGGCUAACCUAAAGUGAUGCUGUAGGCUGGGCUAACCUAAAGUGAUGCUGUAGGCAGGGCUAACCUAAAGUGAUGCUGCAGGCUAGGCUAACCUAAAGUGAUGCUGUAGGCAGGGCUAACCUAUACUCAGUAAAGCACAGUGACCUCCACCCGACAGGUUAAUCUUCAACCUCCCCUACACCUCACAUCAGAUGUUUUUACACUCAAUGUUUCUCCUAGAUUUAGAUUAGCAUCAAAUACAAAAACCAAAACAGGUGGACGAAGAGACCCUACUGCUGCACGGGGGGGACCCAGGCCAAUUCCCAAUCUGGGGGAACGAGAGACAUUUCAUGUAUGAUGUAAUAUUUAGAGUCUCUGUCAUGUGGUGUCCUACUCUUGUGAGAUAAUAUAUGAAAUGAAUCCUGAACUGUUACCGUUUUCAAUCUGAGUGAAUUGUGCUCUGAAAGUAGACCGUUUCAGACUUCCUGCUCCUUAGCUUGUGUAGUAUAUUAACCCCCCUGUUAGGGUCCCCGUCAACUCCCCGUCCAAGUCCAGGUAAGAUUGACUAGGUACAUGGUUUAGGUCUGACAGAGUGAGAGUGAGUGAGUGUGUGUGUGUGACAGUAUGUAUGGCUGACCUCUGGUAAAGGGGCUUCUUGAGUAAGUGAAAUUUGUCUUGUGGUAAUUUCCCCCAACUUGUUAAUGGGGGCUGAACAAUUUACCAAUAAAUCCAUUGAAUGCA